GGUGCAUUCCAGACCCAUCCUGGCCUUUUCUCACUCUCUAGGACCUCUUCAAGCCAUGCAGCCUCCUCUUGGAGGGGAAGCUUCCUGCUCUGGCCUCUGGGAUGACUUCCGGCCCCAUCUCCCUUUUUCCAGGGGCCAGGGAGAAACUUUCUGCCUGCCUCUCUCCCUCUCCGUAAUAGCCCGCUGCUCCGGGAUUAGAGGCUCUCCACCCCAGAGGGAAGAGGGAGGAAAGUCCCUGGAAACCAAACAGCUGGAGCUGAGGAAGGGAUUUAAAUCAGUGACCUUGGGAAGGACUUUCUUUCUGGGGAAUUCUACCCUCAAAAGCAGGAGGGGUUGGGUAUGGGGGAGAAGGUGGAGGAGGCCCGCUAAUCAUGACGCUUCCCCGACCCAGGGAACGGCCCGGGCCCUGGGGCCUGCCUCUGUCCCAGGGAGUCCUGAGAAGGUGGAAGAGGUGCCUGGGGAAGGCAGCCUGUCUCUGCAGGCCAAGACUCGGGCUUGGUUCCAGAAGACCCAGGCCUGGUCGCUCCUGCAGUGUGGGGGAGCCCCUGCCUGGUUCCAUGGCUUCAUUACCCGAAGGGAGGCCGAGAGGCUGCUGGAGCCCCAGCCCCGGGGGUGCUACUUGGUUCGGUUCAGCGAGAGCGCCGUAACCUUCGUGCUCACCUACAGGAGCCAGGCUUGCUGCCGCCACUUCCUGCUGGGCCAGCUCACGGACGGGCGCCACGUGGUGCUGGGUGAGGACAGCGCCCACGCGCGAUUGCAGGACCUGCUGUGCCACUACACGGCGCGCCCGCUCAGCCCCUACGGGGAGACGCUCAGCCAGCCCCUCGCCCGCCAGACCCCAGAGCCUGUGGGGCUUUCCCCGAGGACUAAAGACUCAGACUCCCCAAGCCAAAGCCAGGACCCGAGCCCCCUGCACAAACAGAGCCUGUCCCCAGCCUGGGAGCCAAAGGAGGCCCCACUGCCCAGGCCCAAGCCUCCCAUCCCUGCCAAGCCUAUGCUGCCCACUGAGGUCUGCACCAGCCCCGAGCCUCGCCUCCGCCCAGCUCCGCCCCCCAUCUACCAGGACCCGGAGGAGUCCAUUGCCUUCUAUGCCAUGGGCCGGGGCUGCCCCGCUGAGGCAUCCAGCCACGUCUACGCUGAGCUGCCCGGGCUGGAGGUGGGUGACCAGAGUCCGGGCAGUCUGCAGCUGCGUCCUGAGAACUCAGUGCCCCAGCAGCCUCCCCUCUGCUGGAGGCACACCCUUCCCGCCAACCUUUCCAGACAAGUACUUCAGGACAGACGACAGGUGUGGCUUCCCCUUGAGCCUCCUCAGGAGGUGGACUGUCCGAACUGGCUGGUUCCCAAGAGUCCCUGAAAAAUCCAUGCCCGCGACCCUCUAAGAUGGCAAGAUGUGUUCGAGGAAGCUGUGCUGGCGCUACCCCGGUUUCUCCUCCUGGACUCUAAUUUCCUCAGUCCUCUGGGCUUUUGAGUCUGGGCCCUGGUCCAGUGCUGCUGUUGUCUGAGGAGUGGUUUGGUGAGAACAGAUGUUAGAACUUGUUUGUUGAUUCUUGUCUGGCUAAUAAAUCAUCGCCAACAACCUGCCCCUCAGGGAUCUGAGUCCUCCAGCCUCUCUCUCCCUCCCCACCGCACCACCUGACUUCCCUGGCAUAUUUUGAUUGAACUGCCACUGCAGUGGGGCGGGCAGGUCUGGGGGUUGAAAGACCCCUGGGCAAGGGUCACAGGCCUGGCAGCUCCCUCUGCCGAGUAUAGCUUCUCUAGCUGGGGCGGCUGUGGGGGCGGAGCGGUGGCUGCACCACUUUGAGGGUGCCAGUGAAGAACGAGGGACACCCCUUCAUCUCCCCCAGCCCCUCUGCCAGGCUCAGGGCAAGCCGGUGUGUGAGCCCCUUGAGGAUGGGGACCCCCUGAAAUGGCUCCAGGACUCCCUUGUGUCUUUCUGGCCCCUCUUGUGACCCCCACGCCUCCUUCAGGGCCAGCCUCCUGCCCCAGGGCAAAGCCCCCCUGGGGCUCCACAGGGCUGGAGGCCUCUGCCCUGCUUCUCCUUUGUCUCUGCCCGGGGCUCUCAGUCAGGGCCAUAUCCACCCUGGAGGGUCCCAUCGAAGGCUUGGCCCCAGAUCCCCUCAGGCCAAGGUGGGCUGUGGUUUCUCUCCUGUGCAGCCUGGCUCCUGGAAGGGCUGGAGCAAGGCAGUACCUGUGGGGGCCUCCCUUCCUGCUGAGGGGGUCUACAGCAACCCUCCCCUCAAGCCACAUGGCCUAGGCCUGGGUGUUGCCACCCCCCAGCCCGGCUCUGGCUCCAGCUUCGGCUCCAGUAACUCCCCAGCUCCGCUCCUUUCCACUCCAGGGUUAAUCGGCUUAAGGAGAAACUCAGAUCCUGAGUCAGCAGAGUUGGGGCUCCACUUCCUCUGUCUAUGAGUCUAAAGCCCUCCUGAGCACAGGGGAGGAUGGGAGCGGGAGCAGAUGGCGCUCCUGAAAUCUGCAAGGACGCUGAAAGCACAAGAAAAGUCUCAGGUUAGGCCGAAGUCACCUGGCAGUCCUCGAGGCAGGUGGAGGAGGCAGAAGUGUGACCUCUGCAGCAAGAAU